GCCUCCAGCCUGGCUGCUCUAGGUAAGGAGAACACAGCGUAGCUACACCACCAAUACAGGAGAGGCAGGCUGGGUUGAUGCGGAAGAUAUUUGUGUGAGCAGGAGUGACAUAAAAUUGUCGCAGGGACUGUAGGUGUUGUGACAGUGUGACGGGCACUGAUAAUGGUGGGGACAUUAAUUACAAGUCAUAGCACAGUUAUCCAGCCACAUGUAUAGGUGUGUAGCCACGAAUCACAGGUGAUUGGUCCUCCACACUCCUGCUGUCAUCAGCCAACUUUUAUAACUAGGCUCAUUAUCAGGCCAUGUUCAUGUGGAGGACGGUAAACAAACUUAUUGUGUACAGUGUUAUCACACAGAUGCUGAAGCUCGAUACACGAUUUGGGCACAAAUUAAAUGCCAUGAUUUAUAUAGUUCAAAGAGGCGAAACUUAAAAAUUUUAAUUGCAAUCCAAUGCACAGUUAUGUAAUAGUGUAAAAAAGGCUCUUGGAGUUUAAUUAAUUUUUUGGACAACUUAUCGUAUUUGUGAAGGACUUAGAGAGCCUGUAGAGAAUUCCAAUAUUGCAUGUGUUCAUUUAGCUGCCUAAGUAUGAAAUAUUGGAAUAUUCAUUUUUGUGGAUGAUGCAACUUUGGCAGUGACUUUAUGCAGUGUUCUAUGGACGAGAUGCUGACACACUAUGGGGUCAAGCCCCAGUUCACCUGUUAGAGACGUCACGGAGAAAUUUUGGGUGCCACCGGCGGUGAUCGAGAGGAAGCGGGCCCAGAGUUUGGUGCCUGCCCUCUCUCACCAUGACAGUGACGACGAUCCUAGUUCUGGUCCAGUGACUCCUGGAUCACUGACGGGUCUUCGUGAGAUGACCUUCACCUUCUCUAACGAGCGGGUUGGCAUAGUAACAGGAUCCGAUGGGUUGCCUCCCUUGCCUUCACAUCGCCCCAGGAGGGCCUCCAUGCAAGAUGCUAUUGACCUGCGCAAGAUAGACACCAAGCUUUAUGACAGAAAGCAUAUGUUACAGCGCCAGCACUCCCUGCCCCUGAGUCGAGAGGAAGAGAACCUGGGAUCGGUCAACUUCAGUCUAACAUAUAACAAAGAGACCCACCUCCUCACGGUCAACAUCAUCCAGGCUGCAGAUCUGACCCCUCGUGACCUCUGUGGUAACCUUGACCCCUACUGUAAGGUAUCUCUUCUACCCUCCCAUCGCAGCCAGCUCCAGACAAAGGUCCACAAGAAAACUGUUAACCCUAAAUUUGACGAGGAGUUUAUCUUUGAUGUGUCACCUCAUAAGCUGCCUUUCUGCUCCCUGGAGAUACUCCUUCUGGACUUUGACCAGUUUUCGCGACAUGAGUGUAUUGGUCAGGUCAAACUUCUCCUCGAUUGUGUUGAUUUACAGGAGCCAGCCGUCCUAUGGAAAGGCAUCUCACCGGUGGAAAAAUCCAAAAGUAAAGACCAGAAGGAUUAUGGUGAUCUCAUGUUUUCCAUGACCUUCUUGUCUAGUGCUGAGCGUCUGACAGUCGUGGUGACCAAGGCUAGGAACCUCCACCAUGUUGAGGAGGGCAAAUUACUAGAUGCUUAUGUGAAGGUGUCCAUACUCCACAAGGGUAAACGUGUGAAAAAGAAGAAGACCUCGGUUAUUCACCAGUCACAGAACCCCACAUGGAAUGAGGCUCUGGUGUUUAGUGUGAGUCGUGAAACACUGCGCCACCUCUCCAUGGAGAUGAUCGUGUGCCAUGAAAACAAGCUCGGAAAUGACAAUCUUAUCGGGCGAAUUAGGAUUGGGAACGAUUCAGAGGGUGAUGAGCGAGUCCACUGGAAUGAUUUGAUAUCGUGUAAGAGUGCGACCGCGCGCUGGCACCCAUUAGCUCCUCUCUGACGUUAGGCAUACAUAUAGUGACCAUCUGACACCUCAUCCUAUUAAACACACCACUUUGUUAGGGCCAUGACACCUGCUCAAGGUCAAGGUGUGAUUAUUGAUCUACAAAGGUCAUGAUCAAUAGACAGCUAUGUCCCUUAGUCUGAGAAUAUAGCCAUGAUUAGAGGUGAUAUUGACUUUCCAGACAUGAACAUGUUUCGAGGGUAAAUUAACAGAGAUCAACAGAAAUGGACAAAAAGAUAGGCUGAUAUGGCGGGAAUACCGUACCGUACCUAUAUCUGAUAUUAAAGUCGAGGAUAAGAUACACAGAAGGUACUCUACUAUUCAGCUGCUCUAACAUAUCCAGACAGACCGCAAACUUGUAUAUUAAAGUCAGUAAAACUGAAAGAUAUCUGUAGAUUGAAAUUCUGUUAAUUAAAACAACAUUACAUGAUUAUAACAAAAACAGGUACUUCAGGUGACUGCCUAUCAAUGUAUUGUUUCUUUCCUUUGGGGAAUUUUUCACUGAAUAUGAAAUUGAAUUUAUCUCUACCAUUCAAAUUAUAAUACAAGACGUGUUUGAAUGAUAGCAAAUCGGAUCCAAUUUGUAUUUCAUACAUGGGAAAAAAUACAUUGUUUAUUCAAGAAUUUUUUUCUCAUAUUAAUAAUUUAAAUAUACAAAAAAAAAAUCA